AAACAACGGAGGAGAUACUACCUAGCAUCGGGAUAGUCAUGUUCGUCUCGAGAGCUUUACAAUAUCUAUAGACUUUGGAAUAAACUACUUUUUUCUUUUUGUUGUUUUACUAUAGUCCAGAAACUUACUACAACAUGUCACUCACCACCCACGCCACCAACCUAGCAUCCUCUCUUGCCCAUGCCAACCUAGUCCCGGGCCCCGCAUCGGCGCUGAUCCCGGCGGCCUUUGCACCGACGACACAACUCGGUAUCUCAUUUGGCGACAAGUCGGUUGAUCUGGGGACCUUCUUCCGUGCUGGAGAGUGCAAACAGGCGCCGCGGAUCUCAUUCUCCCCUGAGGCAGAUGUAAAUAUCCAGGGAGAUGCUUCGUAUCUAUUCAUCUUGACGGACCCCGAUGCGCCAACUCCGGAUGAUCCUAAGUUUGCUUUUUGGCGACACUAUGUUGUGAGUGGGUUAGGGCCUGCGGGUAAGGAUGGAGAGGGUAAGAUAUUGACAGAGUAUCUUGGGCCGGGGCCAAAGGAUGACUCCAAGCCUCACCGGUACCUCUUCCUCCUCUACCGGGAACCAGUAGGUUUGUCCCUGGCAAAAGAGGACGUCGGCGGUGAGGAGUUCGUCCAACGGCGCUCCUUUAAGCCUGCCGAAUUUGCGGAGAAGCACGGGCUAAGUCUCGUCGGUGUGAACUGGAUGACUUGUGCCGGGGACGGCUGGGUUGCGUGAUGGAUGUUUUAGAGGAUACGACUGUGUGGCGAAGACGGAUUCAUAUUACGUGUGAUUGGUUCGCUUCUUCUGUGUUUUAUAUGGAUGAAAGCAUGUACAUAGAUGCGGUACAUUGCCAAGAGAUGACCUGCAUACGGGCUGCAUUCAGCUUGCUGCGAGAUCUAAGACAGGCACGAGAGAUCUGAUAAGUCAGGAAGGAUAAAAGGCGAGGUUAUUUAUUUAUAAGUCAAGCCUCAUGUUUUACUUUUCAACUACCAUCGAGCUCGACGGACUACCGCAUUAUCUCUCAGGGGUCUGGUACUCUCGGGAAUUAGUCUACGAUAUAUCACGAGGUCUCACUAAAGCCAAUGGAUAUUAACGACCGGCUGAAUUCAUUGCAAUAAAUCUAGCUACUGUCGUAAUACACGAAUGAAAUGACUCCUAUUCCAUGAAAAUGCGAUCGAUCCGUGUUCCAUGCAUGCAUUUUGUAUAAGCCCUCCCCUUCCCUUACAGUAACAUUCCCCCCCGUAUCCCUCCUUGUCCUUAAACGCCUUC